UUUCAGAACGCUAGAUAUGUAUUUCUCCAGCUUCUGAAAGGUGAAUUUCAUUUGAGCUGAAUAGAAAUUCACAUUUUAAAGUCGCAGCAACAACCAGUUUUGCCAAAAUCAUCUUUAAACGUCUUUGUCAAAAUGUCGAGCGAACUGCAGAACCAGGUUGAUUUUAAAAUAACAACUUCCGCCAUGCAAAAGAACUGGAAAUUGUUGAAGCAGAUUCACGUCAAUGAUAUCCUUGAUACUAUGAUAGAACAAUCUCUCAUCACCAUUGAUGCAAGCAGAAAUAUAUUAAGAAAGGAAACAGAAAGCCAGCAAGCUGAAGCUCUUUUAUAUAUGGUUUUCAGUAAAUCACAACCCUACUUGGACGCAUUUAUGUUUAUUCUUGCUAACAAUGGACACGAGUUUAUCGUCCAGAAACUUCGAGAAGAUCUGGCAACUGAAGCCUCAAACAUUCUGAAUACAUCUUUAGAGGAUCGACGACCUAAAACAUCCGGGCAGCAAUUAGGUAGGAGUGACAGUGGACCACUCUAUAUACAGCGUCAGUUUAGUGAUGCCGUUCAAAAUGAAAAAGAAAACGCUUCCAGGAAACAGUUUAUGGAAGAAAUGAAAGCUGAGAUGCAGAAGCAACAAAUGGAAACUAUGGAAAAACAAUUCGAAUUACUGAAGCGGCAUCAAUCCGAGGAGACAAUGAGGCAGACACAGGAAUUAAGGAAGCACAGUGAAAACAUCAUACAGGCAGAAUUUACUAAACUGAAACAAAGCGAAGAUCAGCAGAAAGAGAACGAGGCCAAAAUAGAAAGGCUGGAAGCCCUGCUGAAAGCCCUGCAGAACAAAUUGGAUCAGGAACGUGCAAAAAUGAAGAAAGACACAAAAAACACAAAUGAAAAAAUUCAAGAAAUACAAAAGCAGAGAGAUGAGCUGAAAUUGGAACUAAUUCGGGCAAAAAGAGAGUUUACCGACGCUUUGAAAAGAGUGAAACAAGAAAAUCUCUACCUUCGAAACCAAAUCAAGCAAGAGAAAAUCAACCAAGCUAACAGCAACCAGAAAAUAAUAAAGAAUCCAUUUACGACUCCAUUGGACCCAAAACUGGCUCAAAAACUAGAAGAUGUGCGGAAUAGGAGGAGGUGAUGUUUUGGGUUCGAUAAGAGUUACCAACAUCGUCCAGUUUUACCUAAUGAAACGAAAAGCAUUGUACAUUAUUCCAUGGAUUAUUUAUUUAUUAUCACCGGAUAUAAAUAUUGUUUGUUUACACUGUAACUUUAUUGGUAUCGGCAACUCAACAGAUAAACACUUGAAGUGAUAGAUGGCACUAUUGUGUGCAAAUUAACCAAAAAACAUUCUAGCCAGGACCCAUGAGUCUGCAAUUUUAAAGAUGCAAGACUUUUUGUUUCAAUUUCUUGUUUGUG